AUGUCUGCCGAACCAAAGUCUAGAGAUUUCACCGGUUCACCUUUGGCGCAGCAGCCCGACGUUGCCUCCGCGACGACCCAAGACUUGGAGGGCAAAGUUGACAGAGACGGCAACGGCAAAAAGGAUACAGUGUCAGCUUUCAAGGCGCUAGGAUGGCUUGACCGCUUCCUCGCCCUAUGGAUCUUCCUUGCCAUGGCAAUUGGUAUCAUUCUCGGUAAAUUUGUGCCCUCGGCCGGGCCGGCGUUGCAAAAGGGCAAGUUUGUAGGGGUGUCGGUACCGAUUGUCAUGAUGUACCCGAUCCUAUGCAAGGUCCGAUAUGAGUCGCUCCAUGAGCUCCUGGCUCGGCGCUCUAUGUGGAAGCAGAUACUCUUCAGCGUCGUCGUAAACUGGGUGGUAGCCCCAUUUCUCAUGGUAAUUCGGCCUGCCCCGCUCUCCUCACAACCUUCAACCCAUUAG